AUGACAAAUUCGCUACGCCGGCGACGGUCGCCCAUACGAAGAGAAGAGGACCAAGCAGCCAUGCUUUCGCGGCUGUUGUCUGUCGCAGCAGCAGCUACGGCAGCUUCGCUGAUGGGUGAUGACCACCGCGCCGUGUCAGAAGCCCGCAACGUUGCGGGUGACGGCGAGGACGGCACUUUCGAUAGCUUUCUGCAGGCUCUACAGAAUGGAAGGAUCGCCUCAGCCUUGAGACAGAGUGGUAACAGCAACGGGAGCGAGGAAGGGACAGAUAACCUGGGUGGAAAUACUCAACCACUUAACUUUUUCAGGAUGUUCAGAUUUGGGUCGUCAAACGAAAACGAGCAGCCAGACGCGGACACGGCAAAUCGAGACCGUCGGGCUGAGAGUAAUGGUGAAGAAGACGAAGCAGAUGGUAGGAUGGUGCCCAUUAUCAUCGUUGGUAUUAGGUCUAUCAACCCAGGCAGUGGCACCGAGCGAGACGACAACAUUCCUCCCUUCCUCGAUGCCUUGUCCAGCUUUCCCACACCGGCCACGUCGCCUGGAGAAGAAUCCAUGGAAGGCUGGACGCGCCAGCCGCCCAAUACCACGAGGUUUAGCCACCGGCGCCGGGCAUCUAUGGGAGGCAUGAACAACUUUUCGUCCAGCUACGACAAUCAGAGAUACCGCUCGACGCGCCCACGCCCGUGGUCUACUAUGAGCGACUCCCCAGCAGGUCCUCUUCCACCUCCUUCCACACCAGCGAGUUCCGGUCUUUCUGCCGUCUCUUCUGGAGCGACCACUCCAACGUUCACAGCUUCACCACCUUCGCCGGCUAUUCAAUCCUCUGCCUCGUCCCGUCGAGGAAGUUUCAUUCGUCGUCCUACUGGAGCAGGGUUAGAACCAACCACAGAAGAACCAACCAUGCACCGUCGCACCCCUCGCCCACGUCGACUGAGCGAGUCUGACUUCUCCAGGUUUGGGUCAGGUUCUUCACGUCGAAAUGGUGUGGUCGAGCCGGACAACAACCCUGGAGAAGGCUCCAGAAGUUGGAUCAUAUAUGUACUAGGCGGCAGCUACCCCGAGAACCAUCCUAUUCUCACUACACCCAGCCUCUUUACAGAUUCGCCCACAUAUGAGGAUAUGCUUCUGCUUUCCACUCUCUUGGGACCUGCCAAACCGCCGGUAGCAAGCGAAGAAGAUGUUGCUUCGGCGCCAGGGCUCUUCGUUAUUCGUAUGCGAGAUGGCACAUUAAUCGCGGAGACCGAGGGAGGAACCGAUACCGUCGACCUUCCGGCAGAUGCGCGCUGCUUAGUCUGCUUGUGCGAUUUUGAGAUCGACGAGGAAGCCCGAAGGCUCAUCAAAUGCGGGCACCUGUUCCACCGACCUUGCAUCGAUCAGGUGAGUUUUCUACUGACGUACGUAACGAGUUAUCGCUAA